AUGGAAGGGAGAUUGGCUAAUAUGUGGAGGUUGACGGUGAACGAAAGCAAAUUCGUGGAAACUGCGUUGAAAUCUGAGCUCAGAGUCGAUGGUCGUGGGCUUUAUGAUUACCGAAAGCUUACCAUUAAGUUUGGAAAAGAAUAUGGUAGCUCAGAAGUUCAACUUGGUCAGACUCAUGUGAUGGGUUUCGUGACGGCUCAGUUGGUACAGCCUUACAAAGACAGACCUAACGAAGGCUCCUUGUCUAUCUUCACUGAAUUUUCUCCAAUGGCUGAUCCGUCGUUUGAGCCAGGUCGUCCUGGUGAAUCUGCUGUCGAGUUAGGCCGUAUUAUAGACCGUGGUCUAAGGGAAAGCCGUGCGGUAGAUACAGAGUCACUCUGCGUUCUAGCUGGAAAGAUGGUUUGGUCCGUUCGCAUUGAUCUUCACAUCUUAGAUAAUGGAGGGAACUUGGUUGAUGCUGCAAAUAUUGCUGCUUUAGCAGCACUGAUGACGUUCAGGAGACCAGACUGCACAGUAGGAGGAGAGAACGGUCAAGAAGUGAUCGUACAUACACUAGAGGAAAGGGAGCCAGUUCCAUUGAUAAUACAUCAUCUUCCAAUAGCCUUCACGUUUGGAUUUUUUAACAAAGGCAACAUUGUGGUGAUGGAUCCAACUUAUGUUGAAGAAGAGGUUAUGUGUGGGAGAAUGACUGUAACAGUCAAUGCCAAUGGAGAUAUAUGCGCGAUCCAAAAACCGGGAGAAGAAGGCGUGAGCCAGAGUAUGAUCCUUCAUUGCCUGCGUCUUGCUUCUUCAAGAGCUGCUGCAACAACAAAGAUUAUUAGAGAAGAGGUUGAAGCAUAUAACCGUGAGAAGAGUUUGCAGAAGGUGAAACGACAUCCUACUUUGGCUAAAUCUGAAGUGUCUGGACCUAUUGUAGUUGUGAAGGAGGGAGACAAGAAGUCCUCAAAUCAGGUUAAAGCUGAGGAGAUAUCUGUUGAACAUGUCGAAAGAUUAAAACUUUCUUCUGAUGAAGUUAAAAGCAGUAGUGAACAAGAAGCUGCUUCCUCUCCUAGCCAUUUCAAAGGCGGUCCAUCCAGUUGGGAUCCUUACUCGGAAGCAAUGGACGUUGAUUCGCUGAAAGUUUCUCUUGCUUCAAAAGAGUCUUCCGUGACUAAAUCACCGAUCAAGAAGAAGAUGAACGACGACACUGGGAAUGCGCAGAAAGAAGUAACCGAAGAUAUAGAGAAGAAGGAUACAGCUGAAGCUACGAAACAAAAGGACGGAGAGAUGACACUGAAAGAUGCUGUCAAACCUAAGAGGAAGAGGAAAAACAAAAGCGGUUAA